AUGUUGGCUCUUUACGAGAGGAAACAAAGAUUCAUGGCUCCUCUCUACCCAGGUUAUCAAGCUCGUAACCAAGUCAUGGGUCAGACAAGGCAAGUUUGUCCUGAUGCCAUAAUUUCUAUUGUUGCACUGAAUCCUUUCCAGGGUGUUCCUGAGUUUUCUUGUCCCAGUAACAUGACUGGUGUUCAUCAAGGAAGCCUUGAGUCUUCUCCUUUUCAGCUACAAAGUGUUUCCUCUCUGUAUGAAGAUGGAAAUAAAAUGAGAUUUUCGUUAUACUUGAGUGAGAUAUGUGUCUUUCUAACUUCCAUGAUUUUUGAGAUAUGCCUUAACACAUUGGAUGAUAUCAACUACCACUUCUUGGUUGCUACAUUUAUUCAUUUUAAUAAGCAUUCGUUAUGGUAUCAUGCUAGUUUAUGUGCAAUAUAUGGAGAGUUGCUUAUGUUCUAUGCAGUGAAACUUGACAAAAGUUAG